UUGCAGACCCUGCCGCUUCUGUCCGCCGAGAAGUUCCAGUCGCCGUGUCCGUUGUACUGGAAAGCUUCAGUACUGGAAAGAAAUACAGAUGGAUGGAUUUUCACAACCCCUAAUUCGGAAAAAUCCAUCCCAAAAUCCCCCAAAUUAUUCCAACGCGAAAAUCGUGGCCGCAAAAUAAGACGGCGAUGGAGCGGCUUCGCGGCCGAUAAGCGGCGGCUGCCUUUGUCGAUGGUCGUUGCCGACUGCGUCGAGCGGUGGUUCGAGGACGUGCUGAAGGAGGCGAGGGCCGGCGACAUCAAUAUGCAGGUGCUCGUGGGCCAGAUGUACUACAGUGGCUAUGGCGUUCCCAAAAACGCCGGCAAGGGGAGCCUUUGGUUUACAAGGACUUCAAGAGUGAGGUCAACUGUGUGGGGCGUUAUCGGUAAACGUCCUGCCCCGCCUCUGCGCGCCGUGAACAAAGCUUCAGUCUGCCGUGAAGUUCCAAACCCUGCUUCCGUCCACCAGGAAUUUUCAACCGCCGCCUCCGUCUUUUCAGCCCCGCCUCAGCGCGCCGUGAACACGUUCGGUUCCAGCCCUCGCUUCCAUCCGUCAGUGAAGUUUCAGCCUCCACUUCAGUCCGGCGUGAAGUUACAGUCCCCGCCUCUGUUGAACACGCUUGUCUUUCCUUCCGCCUCUGCCACCGGCACCGCCGACACAGAGACCUCUGCCAUGUUGGGAGUGCAGAUAAUUUUUUUUUCAGGUAUAGCUUGUUUCACCAUUGUUGAUAAGCAGUUUGUAUUUCUCACCAUAGUAACACCUACUUGGACUAUCUAUAUUGUAUUUGGAACUUCUGCAGAUUCUGGACCAGAUUCCAUAGUCGGACGAGCUGUGGUUAUCCAUGCUGAUCCCGAUGAUCCUGGACGAGGUGAGUUUAUGUGUUCUAUGUAUUUCCCAGGAUAA